UUACAGUUGUGUGCGUUUGAGGUUACGAGUAAAAAUACAAGUAAAAUAUUAUCAACAAAUUUCCUGAUGUCGUUAUAAUUAAACAUUCAAAACGUCGUACUGUUCUUACUUUCGGGUUUGUUUCGGGCGCGGAUUGUUAAGAGCAAAGAACAGGAAUCCAAUUAGAAUGUCAGCCAGUGCAGUGAUUCGCUCCCUCCCGAGCAAGCUUCGUGAGCCCCACAACUCCAAUAUCCCGCUUUUCCAAGAACAACAACAAAAACAACAACCACAACAUGGGAUACAACAACCACCAGCCCGCCACUCUAUGCUUAUCGAAGACGAAGUGCACGGAAUAAUCGAGCUGCCGUGCUACAUACAGGAAAUCGUAGAGCAUCCACUGUUUCAACGACUUAAAAAGGUUCAUCAAUUAGGCCUCGUACCGUGGGCCCUUGAUAAAAAGGCCAAUCAGAAGCGAUAUGAUCAUUGCUUGGGAACGUACAAGAGUGCCCAAGAUCACCUUAAAGCCAUCGAACGCAACUCACGAUAUGAGCUUAAACUACCGGACUGGUGCCGCCAGGCAGUGGAAAUAGCUGCCCUUCUUCACGACAUUGGGCACGGUCCUAUGUCCCAUUGCUGGGAAUCUGUUUGCAAUUACAGAUUUGAUCACGAGAAAAAUGCUUUGGCCUGUGUCGAUCGCAUUUUCAAUGAUUCCCAUAAUCGGGAGCUGGUUUCUUUGAGAGAUGACGCUAGUGGUCGGGGAGUUCAAUUAAUUAAGGCUCUGAUUCUCGGCUGCAGUGACUCUCUAUCAUUUCCCAUGUUGGGACACAACUAUAUCUUUGAUAUCGUUCACAAUCGACGUUGUGGAUUGGAUGUGGACAAGUGGGAUUAUCUUAGACGGGAUAACAAGCGUGUGAAUGUCCUUAACUCUGAUGAAAUGGACUUUGAUGAUGUCUUUCUGCAGUCGCGCAUAUCGGCCGACGGUCAACGCAUCGAGUACCGUUAUCAGGACUAUCAUCGUAUAUAUCGUUUGUUUGAGGCAAGAUCGCGCCUCCAUGUUGCAGUGUAUCAACAUCCACUUACGUGUGCUUUGGAUGUUAUUUUCUCCAAAGCAGUGCAAAGGCUGGCUCCUGAGCUAUUGAAUCUUCGAUCGGAAGCCCCAGAUUGGCUGCAACUACAUGAUGAAAACAUUCUAGAUAUAAUUAAAAUGGAUCCCGAUUCGAUAUAUAUUCACGAACCGCAACGAAUUGUAGAGAUGCCACCCAAUGAAUGCUCAAAAUCGAAUGUAAUUCGGGUGCAGAGAGUAAUACCUGGACCUUGGGAGGCUAUGAAAUCAGCAAAGGCAUUCGCUUUCUAUGGCAACAAGCGCAAGAAGCGACCUAUCAACAGAUGUGAGAAACCGACUAUGAUCAAUAAGUGCUAUAAGUUACAGUAAUAAAUUUCGGCCAGAGAAAACCCAGUUCAUAGAAUAGUUCUUGUUAAGGCAGUCAACCAAACGUAAAUUAUUAUUUCGCUGCUUUUUUGGUUUCUAUAUUUUAUUAAAGUAUAUUUUUUGACAUUAUGGAUGCUCGCUAGGUUGCGUUUUAUAUAGUAUUGUACUACUGUUAACAUUAUAUUACCUAAAAAUAUGUUAAAAGUCGUUGAUUUCAUAUGUUAUGUUAAGUUAUUUUGAUCAUUAUCAUUUCUUGUUAUUUUCCACUCCCACUUAGAAGUCAAAUAGUACAAAGAAAAAGUGUUCUUAAAAUAUUCUUUUAUUAGUUUAUACAUGGUAUUAUUGUAAGCAUCUUAAGUCUAAAAUACUAAAACAAAAAUUUCAACAGUUCACUUGAAGACAUCACAAUUCAAAUUCAGGUUCUUCUAACAUUAAGUACUCACUAAUCAAUAUAAAUAUUAAAGGGAUUUGUCAUAUUUUUGAUAACCAUUUUGAAAUAUACACAAGAGAAAACAA